CCGCCCCCACCAACAACGCCUUUUAUCACACACCCACUCUCCUGUUCUCUUGGGCUUCUUCUGACGCGGCUCUGUCUCGCGCAACUCUCCUCUUGAUCUUCAAUCCGGAUACCACCAUCUCUUCGUCCCCCAGGCCAUGUUAUAGCCUCGAUCUUAACCAUGGCCACCGACUACUACUACGACGACCUAUCCCCUCCAUCUCACCAGCAAUCCGCAUCAUCAAACCCCGCGGCGCAGUCCACGUCCCAGCCAGAACAGCACCAGUCGCCUCCCACUCAUCCCGAUGAUUCUGCUGCUGACGCUCCUGAUGCUGCACCCGCCGACCGGCCCUACCACUCAAAACGGCCUCACAAAAAGUCCCGGGCCGGAUGCCGCAACUGCAAGGCCCGCAAGGUCAAGUGCGACGAGGUCCGACCAACCUGUCGCUCCUGCAGGCUGCGGAAGGUCGAGUGCGUGUAUCCCACUCCUGCAGCCUCGUUCCCAGCCUCAUCAUCCACUUCCGCCACCGUACUGCCAUCGCCAGCACCAUCAACGGCUGACCACUGCUUCGUACGCGGCAACUCCCCUGAUGGCAUCUCCUCUCCAUCCUCCGUCGCUGUCUCUCAGCGCCAGGGCAGCCCUACCGUCGUCGCGCAGCCCCUCUGGUGCCCCAGCAAUAUCGACGCCGCCGACAUGAAACUUCUCUGGUUCUACACUGCCUCUACUUCCCAGUCUUUCUCCGUCAGCACAGGAGUCCAGGAUCCCGUCGCCGAGAUCCUGAAGAUCCGCAUGGUCCAGGUCGCCUUCGAAACGCCUUUCCUCAUGGACUCCCUCUUUGCCCUGUCAAGCCUCCAUAUGCAGAGCCUCAACCAAGAAUUGGAUCCUAGUCGCGCUCUUGCCUACAGAGCCCGCUCCUUUGAGGGCUACCGCCGCGCCGUUGAAGCCGCUGCACCCGAGUCAUAUGCCGCUCUUAUUGCCAACUCCCUCUUUCUCACGGCCCUAUCAUCUCAGGUAUUUAGAGAGGAAGACGGCAAGGACUUGUACAUUAUCGACUGGAUGAUCGUCUGGCGUGGUAUUGGCCUCGUCAUUGAGCUCAUGGGUAUCGAGAACCUCUUCCAAACUGGCAUGUACGCCCUCUUUAAUCGGCCACCUAUCGACCUCCUACGCGCUUCCUCCUCCAUACCUAACCACCUUCUCUUCAUGGUUUCCUCUAUCAAGCCUGAUGAGCUAGAUUAUCCUGACAUUAAGACGUACCAUGAAACGCUCAAGUAUGUCGGGUCGCUAUACGGGAGUCUUGAAGACGGCAUCACACCCGUCAUGUGCCUCCGCAUCAUCACUUGGUUCACCUUCCUCCCUCGCCGCUUUAUCGAACUCGCCCGCCAGCGCCGCCCUCGUGCCCUUGUCAUCAUUGCCUACUAUGCCGCAUUCCUCAAAAUCGUUAAAUCUGUCUGGUGGCUCGAGGGAGUCGGCCAUCGCUCUCUGCUUGAUAUCUGCAAAUAUCUCGGCCCGGAAUGGGAGCAUCUUCUGGUUAUACCUCAAGCGGCAAUGCAGGUUGACGACGAACUGGGUCUGGUCAGAGUGAUUUUUCAAGACCCCAAUUGGGUCCCUCCCCAGCCGACCAACCUCCGGCUGGAUCCCACCGCAUCCAUUACCAUGGUAGACGACGCAGGACGACGUGUGGCAUGGACCCCCGGCGAGAGGAAGAUCGUUGUUCUUGACUCCGCCAAGCCUGCCGAACCUGUUGUAUGGAAUGCCUAGUUUCCCGUUUGUUUACAGGAUGUUUUCGUGUAUUCGUGAUGUGGCUCUGGAGUCAAUUCGACCCGUUGGAAAUGGCUCGUCGAUUGACAGUUCACGAGAGAUAUAGAACAAGGACAAGAUGGGAUCACAAAAUGGAAGUCGGGAUGGAUAUUCCGUGGGACUUACAGAAUUACAAAUGGGGGAGUAUGGGUGUUAUUA